AUUCCACACCAGUUUAUAGCGAGAGACGAAAAAACCGAAACAAACACCCCUUCUAUCUGAGAAAAGUGAAGCGAAACCUAGCCCACGAGCAAACCACGCGCGGCGGCCCAUGAAAAAAACACAUCGAAAAGAGAGUUCGUGAAUGGUGGCGACAAAAGUGUUGCCACCCUCGGCGGCUCGGCCUCUUGUCGGUAGGUGUCCCUCCCUUUACUCCCUCCGCCCUCCCACAGUCCCACUGCCCUUCUCCUCGGUCCAUCGCAAGCUCCUGCGGUCCUGCCUACGGCCGUACGGCGGCAUCCACCCUUCUGCCGCAUCGUCUUUCUCAAGACGCUGCCCCAGGUCCAUCGCGCCUAGGGUUCGCCGAGUCCGGCGGCGCUAAGAUAAUGAGUGGGCACCGAAACAGUCAUGGAAAGCGCUACUCUGAUUAUACUGAAACUGGAGGCGGUAAGAGAAGAAAUCCUGGUGAUGAUACCUAUGCCCCUGGUCCUGAUGACACUGUGUAUCGCUACCUCUGCGCCUCUAGAAAAAUUGGGAGUAUCAUUGGCAGGGGUGGAGAAAUUGCAAAGCAGUUGAGGACUGAGACCCAAGCUAAGAUCAGGAUUGGUGAGAGUGUCCCUGGAUGUGAAGAGCGAGUUAUUACCAUAUUUAGCUCAAGUCGAAGAACUAAUACCAUCGAUGAUGCUGAAGAUAAGGUUUGCCCUGCUCAGGAUGCCCUCUUUAGAGUUCAUGAGAGGCUUGCCACUGAUGAGAGUUUUGGUAACGAAGACAGCGAAGAAAUUUCACCUCAAGUUACUGUUCGCCUGCUUGUGCCAUCAGACCAGAUUGGAUGCAUUCUUGGAAAAGGUGGGCACAUCAUCCAAGGAAUCCGCAGUGAGACUGGUGCGCAAAUACGCGUGCUUAGUAAGGAUCAUAUCCCUGCAUGUGCCAUUAGUGGCGAUGAACUUCUCCAGAUAUCUGGGGACAUGGUAGUUGUCAAAAAGGCUCUUUGUCAAGUGUCAUCUCGCCUCCAUAACAACCCAUCCAAGUCACAGCAUCUUCUUGCAUCCAGCUUGACCCAACCGUAUCCAGGGGGUACCCACCUUGGUGGUUCCUCUGCUGCACCUGUUGUAGGGAUCACUCCAGUAAUUCCUCCUUAUGGAGGCUACAAAGGUGACGUGGCAGGAGAUUGGCCCUCUUUAUACCAACCCCGACGGGAUGAGAGCUCUGCAAAGGAGUUUAGCUUGCGUUUACUUUGUGCUGCUGCAAAUGUGGGGGGUGUAAUUGGGAAGGGUGGUGGAAUUAUCAAACAGAUUAGGCAGGAAUCUGGGGCUUUAAUUAAAGUGGCUAGCUCCAAUUCGGAUCCUGACGAUGACUGCAUAAUUACAGUUUCUGCGAAAGAGUUCUUUGAAGAUCCUGUAUCUCCAACGAUUGAUGCUGCAGUUCGUUUGCAGCUUAGAUGCAGCGAGAAAAGUGAUUCAGAAUUGGCUGAGCAGUCAUAUACUACACGCUUGCUGGUGUCAACAUCACGUAUUGGGUGCCUAAUUGGCAAAGGUGGCUCAAUCAUUACUGAGAUACGAAGAACAUCCAGAGCCAAUAUACGCAUUCUUUCAAAAGAAAAUGUCCCAAAGGUAGCAGCAGAAGAUGAAGAGAUGGUUCAGAUAAGUGGAGGCCUUGAUGUUGCAAGGCAUGCUCUUGUGCAAAUAGCUACAAGGCUGAAAGCCAAUUUUUUUGAAAGAGAGGGCUCGUUAUCUGCAUUUCCAUCUGUGAUCCCUUACCAUCCUUUGCCUGCUGGUGUUUCGGUUUCGGAUGAACCAAAAUAUCUAAGCAGAGACACUAAGCCUGUUGGACAUUACCUAUAUUCAAGUGCUUUUCGUACAUCGGAUGACAUGAUUCCUUCUGACAGCUAUGCAAGUUAUGGUGGCUCCCAGGCACCUGGAGGAGGAUAUGCGGCUUACAGCGGAUACAGUGCCCGCUCCUCUAGUAGUGGGUUAUCUGGUCAUAGUUCUCUUCACUAUGGAAAGCAUCAUGGUUAUUAGGAUUUAGAUUGCUUGAUAAAGCAGUAUCUGAUGGACCUGCUCGUUUCACCUUUGCCCCCUUGCUCCCUUCCCAUACUAAAAACAGCCAAGACAUUGAAGUUUGGAGCCUGCUUAUUGGAGCCCCUUCCCAAACCAGAUGGCCAAGAGAGCCCAACCUGGAAGCUUAGGAGGACUGUGUGGAUGCCAUAGACCACCUGAUAUUCCUCACACUACAUUACUUAUGUCUUCUUCUGGGCCUAUGUUUUUAGCCCUGCCGCAAAUGUUCUGAACCUAUGUAUCGAAAGGUCGCAUUUGAGACUGCAUGUAUUUGCUUGUUUGGAACCUGCUUCAGCUUCAGUUUAGUCGUUUUUUUGAAAUACUUGUUUCCUAUGUGCCACCCAAAAAACCAGGAAUAUGUUACGCGAAACCCCCCUAAGGAGCUGUUACUUCCCUUUACCACGAAGAUGUGGGCUACUUCCUUCUCAGUGAUAUAUGUGAUUGCCAUCCUAGAUAAAAAAAAGUAGCACUAGAAUCACAUGGCCUUAAUGAAAUUAGCAUCAGGAACUAGAUGUACCAAACUUUGCUCCUGCCUGCCAAAUUUCACCGAGUUGCACAUUUUUGCUUUAUUCAUCUACCCCUGCCACCAAACACUAUCGGUUUUAUCCCCCUGCUUCAAUCUUGGCCUGUUUGGUUUUAAUCCAGGCAGCUUUGCCUGGCUCUUCAUGCAAUUCCAGGCUUUGGAAUUUUUUGUGUACCUGGGGUGUAGACUGCUUAGUGGCAUGCUUUGAACCAAACAAGCAGACCCCAAAACCAUUGUUGAACUGAGGUUAGGUAGCUGAACAUACAUAUGUACUUGUUCGAUUACAAUGUUGUUGCAACACACAUGCAAGUUUAUGUUUAAACUUUAAACCAUUUUUUGAAUGGGAACAUUAAGCUAAUUUGAAGUAGUUGUUUUAAGCAUAAGAUUUCUAAUUUAACUGGUUAUUAUAGAUAUAUGUACUUUGGUAUGAGUAGCUAAUAUCUAAAACUUUAGAAGCUGUAACUUUUUUAUGACUAGUUGGAAGUUUUUUGGUCAUAUUGAUUUAGAUCAUAAUGAUCCAAAAAACGCGAUAGAGCAUGCUCACGAUCUUCCUCAACACCUUGAUCUGAUGCACAUGUUCCAAUGCUUUAUUGAUUAAAUGAGUAUUGGUGAUUGAAGUUGCGGUUAUGUACUUGCCUGCCAUGAUGGGGAAACCAAAUGACAAAGAUUGAAUUGUUGGGAAGAGUCCGCAGUCGCAAGUUUUUUGAAGAUUCACUGUUCAUCUCAUGUAGAUUUAGAAGGUUCUGAGGUUAUUGUGAUUGAUACGAGCUUAGUGGUGGUAAAGGAUCAUUAUCUAAAUGUUUAUUCACAAUAAGUUAGAGCUCAAUUAAUUUUACUUUAAAAAUGAAUAGGAAUAGAGCUCGAUACUAAUUCGAUUCAAUCAUUAAAUUUAAUAGUGUAAAAUCUAGAGCUAAUUAUCACCUUUAUACGAGCUUGACCACCUCCAUGCGUGGGAGUCUUGUUAACCAGAAAUGUGCAGGAGCAUGUGAAAAUAACCAUGCAGGUGUUGUUUAUGAAAGAGUGAAUUAGCCUCUGGACUCUGGAGUUGCACAACAUUGUUAACGCAGAAGUGUUAUUAGUGGAAUGACUCUACUAUUUGUUUGUUUAUUUGAUGUUUUGUUAAGGUGUUUCAUGUAAAUGCUAACUGUAUCAGGUUUUAAUUAGAAGAUUAAUUUUAGAUUAUGUAAGUUUCAUAAGAUUUGAUUCUGAGAUAUUGUGGACAUGUACUCUACCGCAAUACAUGGAGCAGUUCUUUG